AACCACCCAACAUUAGCAGAGCAGCGUGAGACUGUUGAGUUGCCGCAAAACCGGUUUGUGGCUUGAGCUAAUGGGCAAAGAUACAGCUCGAGUUGAUCUCUUAGUUGCAAUUUGUUUGGGAACAGCGACGGAACGGAGCGCUCUCAAAAGCAAAUAUAUAUAAACAGCUCGAUGUCUGUUUACCUUUUUUUCUUGCUUACCUAGCUCAAAUUGUGUUUUUAUUUGUGAGUGUGUAAUUGAGAUGCGUAAGUCGCAGGGCCUGCCCUUGCCGGGUAUGGCACGCUUGGAUGCUGCGGAGAUUUACUCCACAUCAAGCUCAUCGCUCAACAGCUCCUUCAGCGAUGGCAGCGAUCUGGUCAAUUGGGAGCAGUACGUGGCAGAAGACGGCAGUUUAUUCUAUGCCGAAUAUGUGGCAAGCGCCAAGUCGGUUGUGACCGAGCGCCGAGGCGAACUGCUGCGACGCUCGCUGCGCCUGGGAAAAAAGUCAACGCGACGGCAGCAGCAGAAAGAUAAAGAUAGAGGCCAACAGGGCAAUAGCAGCAACAAGCACAAUGGUAAUCCGCCAGCCGAGCGUACAGACAGCGGCUUCCGCUUCUCAGAUAUUAAAAACUCGCACGCAAGCGCUGAGAACAACAAAGAACUGGAGCUGGUUAUAACGGCCACAGAUCGCUAUCGCUUUGGACGUCGCUCCACGGCCGUAGAGUCCAUACUGGGCUUUCGCGUGCUGCCGUUUCCCGACCAGCCCGAGUGUCUAAUGGUGGACAGCUUUGUGCACGACAUCAGCGCCAUGCAGCACAACAUUAAGCGAGGCGAUUGGUUCAAGUCUCUCAAUGGCAUUGAGCUGUACGCCAGCAAUGUGGAUGAGUUGCUGCAGCAGUUUCUGGAGCCCACACAAGUAUGCCUGCGUUUCCAAGGCAGUAGCGAGGCUAGCUGCACGGCCUCCGCAGAGUCAGGUCAGGCCGAAGCGCAAUGUGAGCAAGCGCAGCAGGUGCGCAAGAUUGAGAACUAUGCCAUGUUUGCGGAGCAGUUUGAGCAGUUGCUGCCCGCAGCUAUGCUCAACGCGGAUACGGAUUCUGUAACGCCAUUUGGUCUGCUGCUGUUGCCGCCGGAGUGCUAUCAGAAUGAUCAGCACAAGGACUCGCUUUACUAUUAUCCAGAGACGCCGCUCACGAACUUUUUGUACAAAGCGCGUGGCAGUUUUCUCACGCUCUCGUCCGUGCUCAACGAGUUGCACACUGAGCCGCUGACAUCGCGACUGCUGUGGGAACAGGUGCCCUACUAUGUCAACUAUCGUCGUCUAAAUGGGUUUCUCGUAUUGUUCGCCUAUGCAUCGCGCCUCUAUAGCGCAGCUGAGUGCAGCCUACGCUCGGACGAGCUUAUUGGUUACAUCAGAUUCUCGCUGCCUGGUCUGACGCCGGAUAACUUUUCGGCCGGCGAGGAUAGCACCACUUCCAGCGGACUUCGCCUGUUUCUACGCCAUUUUUGCAGCAUUCAACGUUCGCGUCUGCUAGCACAUCCUCGUGGUGACGUACAGUUCGAGCACUUGCUGAGCGAAUCCAAGAGUCUACCCUUGCCUAAGGAGGCUCAAUUGCGCAUAUUCGAUGCACUCAGCGAAAUGGAGGCCAUGGACUAUCGCAACUGGAACGAUGAACCUUUGACUACGCAUCGCGAGUUCUUCAUUUACGGCAGCGCCUUGUACUAUGAUAGCUUCCUGCUUGCCAGCCUGCUGCCCUCCGAUGUGCGCCACAACAUAGAGCUCUUCCUGCGUUGUCGUGGCAUAUUCGACUUUAUAGGCACAGCGCCGAAUGUUCGCGUGCGCGAGCUUUACAUUUGGGAGGAGAUUGUAUUGGCCAAUGCCACGGGUCGUUAUUUUCUGACCGUGUGCUCGCGCAGUCAUCUCAUCCUAACUGUCAUACUCAAGGUGUAUGUGGAUGCGCCCGAAAUGGAGGCGUUUGGCUCAGUGCCGCCCUCGCUAUUCUACAUUGAGGAGAUUCAAGAGACGUUAGAUCAUCUUAUACAGUGCGGCAUUGAAUCGUUGGCCAAGUUCUGGUCGCUUUCAAACAAACGUCCCGAGGUGCUGGAUCAGCAGAAGCUUGAGCAAUCCGGCGACGAGCAGGAAUCAAACAGUAAGCUGGAGGCGUUUCUUAAGCCAAAGCCGAGCGUUUCAUAUUCUGCCAAUGCCAAUGACGGCUCAUCACUAGGUGGCAGCUCCAUACACAGCCAGACGCCUAGCGAGGAUGAGCUCUCGCGCCGUCGCCUCACUCCCGCCGAUGAUUCGGACAGCGGUUCGGACUGGGAGAACUUUGCCGAGCAGCAUCCACUGCAUUAUGGGCUCAACUUAAACGCCGAUAGUCAGAGCCAGAUGACAACGUCGCUUUGGAAAGAGAUCAACAAUGUAGUGCCCGUUAAAAUCUCUGCUGGCUGGCGGAACUCCAUAUUGCACUACGUCUACGUGGACAUGGCCAAUGGCAUACUGCUCUGCCCGUUUACAGGCAGCGCUGAGCGCUUUCCCUAUUUGUGUGAGAUGCGCAGAGCUUGCCACAUCAUUCAUGUGGUACUAGAGCGCUCCAAAUAUCAUCGGCGUCAGCUGCUGGAGCCACCUAACGCUGCUGGUAGCCGUGUGGCGCCUGGGCACAGUAGCAAUGAUAUAACCGUGGUCAAGGAGCACGGCAUAACAAUGGAAGUGGCAAACACGGAUCAAACGAUCGUUAAGUUUGUGGUGGUCGGGCGACUUUUUCAGUCGCCAGCAAAGGAGGUUUUUGUAUGCCACCGCCCAGAGGUGCCACAAAAUAUGAUUGAAAUGGCCUUUAGAUUAUCAUUUUUCCCAAUGGGCUAGCAGCAAUACUUUCCACCUACAUAUGUAUGAUAAGAAUUUGUAUGAUGAGUUUUUAAUAAAAAUUGUAAA